AAUUUUAUAGCUUUCGGAGAAACCACGCGACACUGUAAAUCCCAGAGCUCAGAAAUGUCGAGGUUCGUCUCUUACUCCAGAACUUCCUUUCACUCACACUUUCCGUUUAGGGUUUUCUCUCACUCUCUACAUCGACUCAUUCCCAAUAAUAAUAUUAAUGUCGAUGAUGCCGUUUUCUCAUUCCACCGCAUGCUAACAAUGCGUUCUACUCCUUCCAUUGUUCAAUUUGACAAUAUUUUAGGGGAAGUUGGUCAAUGUGGAUGUGGUAAUGCACAACAUCAUAAUUGAUAGUUUGUGUAAAGAUAAAUUAGUAACCGAAGCCUAUGAGUUAUAUUCUGAAAUGAUUGCAAAGAAAAUUUCUCCCGAUGUUAUCACUUUCACUGCUCUUAUAUAUGGAUUUUGCAUUGUUGGUCAAGUGAGAGAAGCAAUUGACUCGUUCCAUGAAAUGGUAUCAAAAAGCAUCAACCCAAAUGAUUAUACUUUUAACAUAUUGGUUAAUGCACUUUGUAAGAAAGGAAAUGUGAAAGAAGCUAAGAAACUGUUAGCCGUGAUGACGAGAGAAGGUGUAACACCUGAUGUUGUUACAUACAAUUCAUUAAUCGAUGGGUAUUUCCUAGUUAAUGAAGUGAACAAGGCCAUAAAUAUAUUCCAUACUCUGGCUCGAAUGGGAGUGGCUCUUGAUGUUCAUUCUUAUAGUAUAAUGAUCAAUGGAUUAUGCAAGAGCAAAAUGGUGGAUGAGGCCAUCAAUAUCUUCAAAGAAAUGGGUAGCAAAAAUAUUAUUCCUAAUCUGAUGACUUACAAUCCCCUUAUUGAUGGCUUGUGCAAAUCAAGGAGAAUCUCCUAUGCUUGGGAGCUUGUUCUUGAGAUGCAAGAGAAUGGUCAACCAGCCGAUAUAUUCACUUACAAUUCUUUAAUACAUGCUCUAUGCAAAAACCAUCAUGUUGACAAAGCUAUUGCAUUAGUCAAGAAAAUUAAAGACCUGGGCAUUCAACCUAAUAUGUGCACAUACAAUAUACUUCUAGAUGGACUAUGCAAAGGAGGACAACUUAAGAACGCACAAGAUGUUUUUAAGGAUCUUUUGAUUAAGGGUUAUAGUCUAGAUAUCCAAACGUAUAAUAUUAUGAUCAAUGGACUUUGUAGAGAGGGCUUGUUUGAUGAAGUAGAGGCCUUGUUCUCCAAAAUGGAAUACAGUGGUAUCAUUCCUGAUGCUAUAACUUAUGAAACUAUUAUCCGUGCUCUCUUUUAUAAAAAUGAGAAUGAAAAGGCAGAGAAACUUCUUCAUGAAAUGAUUACUAGAGGUCUACUUGUAAAGUAACUCUAGGUAAGAUAAUUUCUCAUUAUUUAAUUGGUUAUAUUGCGUACAAGUGUGUAAUUAUUAUGAUUUCAUUGUAUAUUUUGUUGAUAGUUACAUACACAAAAGGUGGACUGCUC